UGACCGUGCAGACGAGGGGGGCGGGGAAACAUGGCGGACGCGGAGGCAGCGAAGUCGCUGAGCGCUCUGCUCCACGGAAUCGCCCAAAGUGUUUUCUACAAGAGGAGCGACGUCACCGAGGAGCUGCUGCGGGCCGAGCUGUUCCCCGAGCUGCCGCCGCUCGACUUCCGGGUUCUGCACGACAAGAUGAGAGGCGUCGUCAAGUCUGUCGCCACGGCGGACAUGGACCGGGCCCAGCUGGAGGCGUUCCUCACGGCCCAGACCAGGAAGCAGGGCGGCGGCGGGCUGAGCGCCGAACAGGCCGCCGCCCUCUCUCGCUUCUGGAAGAGCCAGCGUGUGCGGGUGAGGGAGAGCUUGCUGGCUCAGAGCCGCUGGGAGCCCGGGCUCAGGGGCCUCUCCUGGAGGGUGGACCUCCAGGCCGCCGCCAGCCGGGGGCACGCGGCCCACAGCGGCCCGGUGGCCCUGGUGGAGCUGGAGCUGGGCCGAGCCGGACAGGACUCGGAGUUCGUGUGUCUGGAGUUUGACGAAGCCAAAGUCAACGAGAUGUUGAAGAAGAUGGCCGACAUCCAAGAGAGCAUGGACCGGCUCGUCCAGCACACCUAGAGCCUGGUGUCACCGCCGUGUGGUGACGUGACCGCACUGCGACCACCGGCGGUGAACCACCUCGUCGUCACGCCAACGGCAGUUAGCGUUGAGAUCCUCCCUGACGUCUUGUCUCUGGACGAGGGGAGAGGAGCUUGACAGGAAGUGUGGCAUUCCUGUCGGACAGUGUGUGUGUGUGUGUGUGUGUGUGUGUGUGUGUGUGUGUGUGUGUGUGUGUGUGUGUGUGUGUGUGUGUGUGUGUGUGUGACAUAUUCACAGUUGUCGUUCUUGAUGUGGAUGGAACUUCAGUGAUGUUAGUAAAGUCUCCGCAGGAGGAUAAAUCACUUUCACUGAGGUCAUAAAGUCAUUGGGAGUUUAUAGUUAAUGUUGAUUCAUCAUGACAAAUGGUCAGAUGGAAUGAUAUGAAUUCAUGAAUGUAAAUGUUCUUCCCCCCCAAUAUAAUAAAAUGAAACUUUAUGACCAA